CGAUUCAUUCUUAUGAGCCUCUAAUGUCGCUGAAAGGACCUUAAGUGGAAGCAGUACAUUUUUUUAAUACUUAAAAAUAUCUCUUAAACAGCGACCCUGUUUCGAUUAGUGUUUUGUCUCUCCUGGCGGUUUCGGUUAUGAUGAAUCGAGCACGAAAGCGAAACUUAAAGCCGGUAUUUAAAGGAGCUCUAAGCAGAGCUCUGUCAGUACUGAACACGAAGCCACAGGACGGAAGACAGUCGCACAUAACAACUUGACAGCACUGAUGAACCAUGGAUAUUUGGCCAAAAGAACAGCAAAGUCAAGAUCAAGAGAGAGCUGGUGGAGGUGGUAGAGGUAGAGGUAGAAGUAGAGAUGGCAGAAGAGGAGGUGCAGGAGGACGAGAAGGUGGAGAAGACAGAAGAGGAGGUGCAGGAGGACGACAAGGUGGAGAAGACAGAAGAGGAGGUGCAGGAGGUCGGCCAGGUGGAGAAGACAGAAGAGGAGGUGGAGGAGGUCGGCCAGGUGGAGAAGACAGAAGAGAAGGUGGAGGACGUCGGCCAGGUGGAGAAGACAGAAGAGGAGGUGGAGGAGGUCGGCCAGGUGGAGAAGACAGAAGGGGAGGUGCAGGAGGUCGACCAGGUGGAGAAGGCAGAAGGGGAGGUGCAGGAGGUUGGCCAGGUGGGGAAGGCAGAAGGGGAGGUGCAGGAGGUCGAGCAGGUGGAGAAGACAGAAGAGGCAGUGCAGGGGGAGGUCCAGGUUUACGUGACAGAGGAGGAGGAGGAGCAGUUGGAGGUGACAGAAGAGGAGGUGCAAGGGCAAGAUCAGCUGGAGGUGACAGAAGUGGAGGUGGCAGACAAGGGAAUGAGAGAGGUAGAGGUGAGAGGAAAGGAGACAUCAGGGAGAGCCAUUGGCUAUAUGCAUCAAGGGACAGAGCUGGAGCAGAAGGUGCUCAACGAGGAGAAAGAGGUGGAGGGCAUGGACAGAGAGGAAGAGGAGGCCAUUUGAGAGGGACGAGUAGAGAUGGUAGCCCUGAAGUACGUAAACUUGGGUACAAAGCACUGGAGGAGCUACUGGAGAAAGAUGCAUCUGUGGUGGCCAUUACUCUCUCAUCCAAUUUGGGUCUGCAGGCUUUGGUGAGAGACACAACCAUGCGUCAGGACCUUGUACAGCUGCUCUGCCAGGUUAUCUGUAAAGCUUUUCAGUCCAAGAAUGACCGUAGAAUAGUGCUACAUUUAGCUCAGGUGGUAAAGGAUUCUAGCUUCUUCCAAACUGUGCUUCCUCGCUAUGUUACUGGAAUGAUGACUGAUCAUGUCCCUGCUCGGAGACAGCAGUAUCCUCAGCACCUGGACAACAUUAUCAACCUCUUGUCUGGUGUGCUCAGCAUGUUUCCGUCCAGCUCCAUUUGUACCAUCUCAAUAUUGGUGGCUCUUGUGAAACCAGUGGUCAACCAGCUGCGAGCUUCGGGUGUAGACAUUCGACACACAAUUGAUGAAGAUCUGGAUAAGAUCCAAGGCAUGGUGGAACACCUCCAAGAGAAAGCAAGAGACGGGACCUUGAGAUCAGACAACUACACAGUUCUUAUUGGCAAUGAUGAUACUCCAGAAGGGGAAGAUGACUUCAGGAACAUGACCAUCUACCCAACUCCUGAAGAAUUCCACCAGGACAAGAAACCUUUUCUGCGGGCUAACAUUAUGUCACAAAGUUACCCGAGUGUCCAUAUCUACCUGGAUACACAUUUUAGGCUUCUGAGAGAGGACUUUGUGAGACCAUUACGUGAAGGUAUAAGGGAGUUACUGCAAAGCCAUCAUGAUGAGCGGCUGAGUGGCGUGCCAGUAAGGAAGAAAAGCUUCGAUGAUAUCAGGGUCUACUUUGACACCCGAUUGGUCAUGCCUCUCUGCACUCCCACAGGCACCGCCUACAAAGUACAAUUUGACACACAGCCCCUUAAGUUUGUUCGCUGGGAAAAUUCCAAGCGGUUGCUGUAUGGGUCCCUGGUCUGCUUGUCUAUGGACCAUUUUGAAACUUUCCUAUUUGCUACCGUAGCUGAUCGUGACCCCAAAGACCUGAGAAAAGGCCAGGUGCUGUUGAAUUUCUCUAGAAACAGCCGAGCUCAACUGGCCACCAUCCAGGCUUCUCAUUCCUUUCUGAUGGUUGAGACCACUGCCUACUUUGAAGCCUACCGCUAUGUCCUGGAGGGGCUUCAGGAGCAAGAUGAGGAUGAUCUCCCUUUUCAGAGUUACAUAGUCAAAUGCAACCCAGAUGUUCUUCCACCGGCAUACUUAAUGCCGGUUGCAGUAACUUAUGAUCUGGACAGCAUCACAGCAGAAGGUCAUAUGGGCAGUGUAAAACCAUUUAACCCCCUCAACCCUAAUGCCUGGCCAACUGAAGAGCAACUGGGUCUUGAUGACAGCCAGCUCAACGCCCUUAAACUGGCCCUCACCAAGGAACUGGCCAUCAUACAGGGUCCACCAGGCACAGGGAAGACAUACGUGGGGCUAAAAAUUGCUAAGGCCCUGCUAAUGAACAGUAGAAUGUGGUCUGUUAAUUCUCCUAUGCUGGUGGUCUGUUACACCAAUCAUGCUCUAGACCAGUUUCUGGAAGGUAUCCACAGUUUCUUGGAGAAUGGCAUUGUGAGGGUUGGGGGCCGUAGCAACAGUGAGAUCCUGAAGCGUUUCUCUCUGCGGGAGCUGACCAGGUUGUCAAACUUCCGCAGAGAUCUGCCAGCACACCUUAAGAAGGCCUAUUCUGAGAUUCAUAGGGAGAUGCAGUCUACACAGACUCAUCUAAAGGCACAGGCGAAUUAUCUAGAAUGCAGUCUGCGUGGAGUCAUUAAUGAGAGCUUCCUGCAAAAGUAUAUAUCUGAUGACCACUGGGAGACUCUGAUUCUACAGCCUAAGAUGAUGGGUGGAUUCAAAAAUGUAGGAAAAAAACAAUCACUGGUCAUGGAAUGGCUUUGCCUUGGAAUGUUUCAGCAGCAAACUAGCAAUGACAAAGCAGAGGCAAAUGAUGAGGGGGAACCAGAAGAGGAAGAACAGCUGUUGGAAAUGGAUGAAGAGGCAGCUCUGAUUGAAGCUGAAAGAAUCCUGGAUGAUUCCGACCCUAAGGCCAGAGAUGGCCGUAACAGCAAGAAGGAGGAGGAUAUCCUAGCAGAACUGUCUGAGCAAAUGCUGGCCAUGAACCUAAAUGAGGCUGAGGAACAGCCUUCACAGGGACAAGGACAAGUUGAUGACGAAGGAUGGGAGAUACAGAAACACCAGAAGAAGAAGAUGAAGCAGAGGGUCAAGUAUGAAUUGAGUAAGAGUGAUGCUAUGAGUGAGGAAGAAGAGAAGCGAGUGUGGAAUGUAUGGGAGCUUAAACUAACAGACAGAUGGAGACUUUACCGCCUCUGGGUGUUGCGGUAUCAGAUUGACCUUCGUAGGAAAGCUCUCCAGGCUGAACAACUCUAUCAGGAUGCCGCAGAGCGCCUUGCUGAAAUCCGCCGCCGCGAGGAUCUGUGUGUGCUCAAACAUGCCAAAGUCAUUGGUAUGACCACUACAGGGGCAGCCAAAUACAGACAGGUCCUGCAGGAGCUCAAGCCAAGGCUGGUGAUUGUGGAGGAGGCAGCCGAAGUGUUGGAAGCCCACAUCAUUACCACACUUAGCCGAGAAUGCCAGCACCUCAUUCUGAUUGGAGAUCAUCAACAGCUGAGACCUAGCGCCACAGUGUAUGAACUAGCCAAAAAUUUCAACCUGGAGGUGUCUAUGUUCGAAAGACUUGUCAAAGUGGGAUUUCCUUUUGUGAGACUUAACUACCAGCAUCGUAUGAGACCAGAUAUUGCUCGUCUUUUGACUCCUCAUAUCUACUCAGAGCUGGAGAACCAUCCUUCUGUACUGGAGUAUGAAAACAUUAAGGGAAUUCUUACAAACAUUUUCUUCAUUGACCACAAGUUCCAUGAGGAGGGAAUAAAGGAUGGACGAAGUCAUCAGAACAUGAAUGAGGCACUUUUCGUGGUGAACCUCUGUCGAUACUUGCUGCGUCAGGAAUACCAGCCCUCUCAGAUUACCAUCCUUACCACCUACACAGGGCAGCUCUACUGUUUACGCAAGCUCAUGCCCUCAGCUGAGUUUUCAGGGGUCAAAGUUCAUGUUGUUGAUAAGUAUCAAGGUGAAGAGAAUGAUAUUGUCAUAUUGUCUUUGGUGCGCAGUAAUCAGGAGGGCAGGGUUGGGUUUUUGCAAAUACCAAACCGUGUUUGCGUAGCACUUUCUCGUGCCAAGAAGGGACUAUACUGCCUUGGGAACAUGGAUAUGUUUAGCAAGAUAAAACUGUGGAGCAAUAUUCUUCACACCUUGAGGGAGAAAGGGCAAGUAGGAGGCUUUUUGACACUAAGCUGUCAGAAUCAUCCUGAAACACGAACCAUGGUGUCAUCUUCAAUGGACUUUGCAAAAGUCCCAGAAGGUGGGUGCAACAAGCCCUGUGAGUAUCGCCUGGACUGUGGCCAUGUCUGUAUUCGCAUGUGCCACCCGUAUGAUGCUGACCACAAGAAAUACAAGUGUACCAAGGACUGCCCCAAAGUGCUGUGUGAGCUUGGGCACAAAUGUUCUAGACGGUGCCAUCAGGAGUGUGGUAAAUGUAUGGUACUUUUAGAGAAGGUUGUUCCAAAAUGCCAGCACACGCAGAAAAUGCCUUGUCAUCAGAAACCGGAAGAAUUUAUCUGCAGGGAGCCUUGUGAGAAACAGCUACGUUGUGGACACCAAUGCCAGGCAAGCUGUGGUGAGCCAUGCACUAAGUCAUGCAAAGUACCAGUUCCUGUGGAGUUAAAAUGUGGACAUACCCAGAAAGAACCCUGCAGCUCCUCGAGGGAGCUUCUAUAUCAGCCAGAGUGCAGGACCUCAUGUAAUGCAGUCCUGAAAUGCGGCCAUUCCUGCUCAGGGACUUGCCACAAAUGCCGCCAAGGUCGCCUCCACAAAGCUUGUGGACAUAAAUGCCAGCGUGUUCUUCCUUGCUCACACAAGUGCCAUGUGCCAUGCCCAAAAUUCUGCCCACCAUGUACCCUUCCUUGUCAAAAUCGUUGUGUUCACAGUGAGUGCAAGAAAAAAUGUGGAGAGCCUUGUGCCCCUUGCAUGGAACCCUGUAAGUGGCAGUGUCCACACCAGAGUUGUAGCAAACUCUGCCACGAGCCAUGUGACCGUCCACCAUGUUCAAAGAAAUGCAACAAGAUCUUGCCCUGUAAACAUCCCUGUAUAGGUCUUUGUGGAGACCCUUGCCCAGAUAAGUGCCGCAUAUGCCAUCGUGAUGACGUGAUUGAGAUCUUCUUUGGUAAUGAAGAUGAGCCAGAUGCUUGCUUCAUACAGUUGGAGGACUGCAUGCAUAUCAUUGAGUCUACUGGUAUGGACCAGUACAUGGGCAUGGAUGAGGAUGAGGGAGCUGAUCAAGAUCAACGAGCCAUCCGGCUGAAGGAGUGCCCCAGGUGUCGAACCCCGAUUCGUAGGAAUCUGCGCUAUGGUGCCCAUAUCAACCGCAGCUUGGCAGAAAUUGAGAAGGUGAAGGAACAGAUUAAUGGUCUACAGUCUGACAAUAAGAAUAAGCGAAAGGAACUCCAGUUGCUUUUGAAUAGGCAGGGCAACUUUAUGGAGCAAAUUCCUGUUGAGUACUUAAAGACCAGUGAGAAUCUCCAGAAGCCUGGCUUAUCUAUUCUAGACCUCUGGUACCAUGAGAACUUAAUAAUGUUCCUGGAGAACCUUGGGAAGCUAAUGAAGAUGCAAAAAGAUUACAGAUUUUCAGUUAUGGGUAUUGUACUCUCACAGCGCAUUGAAGAGUGCCUCAGUUUCCUGCUUGAUAAAUCUCAGAGAUUCUCUGAUCAGCAGCUGGAUGAUAUAGAACGUGAAAUGAAGAGGCUCUCCUACCUGUGUGAGCUCAACGUCCGCUGCAUUAUGGCUAGUAACAUUGUGCUGAGUGUAGAAGUCAAUGCAGAGGUGAAAAGAGCAAGACAGAUCCUGGAGGACACUGGGCCAUUCACUGAAAACGAUGAAGAUAAAGUGAAGGAGAUUUUUAAAGAGCUGGAAAAUAUGCUUCCACGCAGUGGCCUGGGUAUCACUGAUGAAGAAAGGGUGAUGAUUGUUAAAGCCAUGGCUCUCCCUCAGGGACACUGGUAUAAGUGUCCUAAUGGGCAUGUAUAUGCUAUCGGAGACUGUGGAGGUGCCAUGGUACGUAGCCAGUGUCCUGAAUGCAAAGCAACCAUUGGUGGAGCCAACCAUACUCUCACUGAGGGUAAUGAUGUAGCCAGGGAAAUGGAUGGAGCACAACAUGCUGCUUGGUCAAAUGCUGCAAAUUUGGUCAAUUUUAAUGCAAGGGAUUUUUAAAAAUAUUUGCCCAUCUUGCAAGAUAAAGAUGUAAAUAUAUAAAUUAAUAAAUAAGGCUGUCAUUAAGUAUGUGCAUAGAAAAGUAUGUGCAAGUUGUAUUUACAGCACAUAAUGUGUGAAGAAGAAUACAAUUAUAUGAAACUGAACAGAAUUGCUUUUUUUUUAAUCUAUGUAUUGUAAUGCUGUAUCUGGGUUGAAAGACAUUAUUAAAAUUCCCUAUUCUCUACAAUGUAAGAACAAUACACAUAUUUAUCAAUGUAGUGCACCUUUUUAGUUACAUUUAAGUUUUAGAAACACAUUAAAUAUCUUAUUGCUUGUUGUACAGAAAAAAAACAAAA